GGCUCCACGAAAACCACCCCCCCUUCCCACGGCUCAGCUGCUGCUCCGCAAUGGGAGCCGCCGCCGUCGCCGCUGUGUAGUUUUUCGUGCUCCUCCUUUUCCUCCUCCUCUUUCUCCUCCUCCUCAGGGCCCCAGUCAGGCCGAUCCGCUCCGCUCACGGAAGGAAAACUGAGAUAUAAAUUGCUCUCUUGUCUGGAGUCACAUGUACUUAGGUGACAGUUUACAGAAAGUCAACUCUGCAACUUGAUGGGCGACAACCCUUUUCAGCCAAAAAAUAAUUCAAAAAUGGCAGAACUCUUUAUGGAAUGUGAAGAAGAAGAGUUAGAACCAUGGCAGAAGAAAGUAAAAGAGGUUGAGGAUGAUGAUGAUGAUGAGCCAAUCUUUGUUGGAGAGAUAACAAGUUCAAAACCAGCAAUUUCAAAUAUUUUGAAUAGAGUAAACCCCAGCUCAUAUUCAAGGGGAAUAAAGAAUGGUGCACUCAGUCGAGGUAUUACUGCUGCAUUCAAGCCUACAAGUCAACACUACACGAACCCAACAUCAAAUCCAGUGGCUGCCUCGCCAGUAAAUUUUCAUCCUGAAUCUAGAUCUUCAGAUAGUUCUGUUAUUGUUCAGCCUUUGUCUAAACCUGGUUAUAUAACAAACUCAUCACGAGUUGUGUCUAAUAAUUCUUCAGAGUUACUGUUUGACUUGACCCAGGAUACAGGAUCAUCACAUUACCAGGGGGGACCAACACUUUCUAUACCAGGUAUGCAUGAAAGUUCCUUUUUAUCAAAACGUCCUUCUACUUCUGAAGUAAACAGCGUUAAUCCAAAAAAGCCAAAGCCCAGUGAUGGUAUUUCUGGAUUAAAUUCUUCAGCUGUAUUUCCUUCAGUUAAAUCUCUUUCAGUGACAUCUCCCCAGGCUACGUCAUCAAAAGGUACAAAUACCUCAUCAAAUCAAUCUAAAAAUGGAACACCUUAUCCAAGAGCUUGUCCAAAGUGCAAUAUUCAUUUUAAUCUUUUGGAUCCUUUGAAAAAUCACAUGAAGUACUGUUGUCCAGACAUGAUAAAUAACUUUUUAGGACUGGCUAAAACAGAAUUUUCAAGUACAGCAAAUAAAAAUAAGACUGUUGAUUCAGAGAAAGGAAAAUUGAUCAUGUUAGUUAAUGACUUUUAUUAUGGAAAACAUGAAGGAGAUGUCCAGGAAGAACAGAAGACUCACACAACUUUUAAAUGCUUCAGUUGCUUGAAAAUUCUUAAAAAUAAUAUUAGGUUUAUGAACCACAUGAAACACCAUUUGGAACUUGAGAAGCAGAGCAGUGAGAGCUGGGAAAACCACACCACCUGCCAGCACUGCUAUCGUCAGUUUCCCACACCAUUUCAACUGCAGUGUCACAUUGAAAGCACACAUACACCCCAUGAAUUUUCUACCAUUUGCAAAAUCUGUGAAUUAUCAUUUGAAACAGAGCAUAUUCUUUUACAACAUAUGAAGGACAAUCAUAAGCCUGGGGAAAUGCCAUAUAUUUGCCAGGUUUGCAAUUACAGAUCGUCGUCAUUUUCUGAUGUAGAAACUCAUUUUAGAACAUCCCAUGAAAACACUAAGAACUUGCUAUGUCCAUUUUGCCUCAAAGUUAUUAAAAUUGCAACACCCUACAUGCAUCAUUAUAUGAAGCAUCAGAAAAAAGGAAUACAUCGUUGUACAAAAUGCAGACUGCAAUUUUUGACAUGCAAAGAGAAAAUGGAUCAUAAGACUCAACAUCAUAGAACAUUUAUAAAACCUAAACAACUGGAAGGAUUGCCUCCUGGAACAAAAGUUACUAUUCGAGCUUCAGUUGGACCGCUUCAGUCAGGAUCUUCAACUACACCUUCCAUUAGUGCAAGCACUUCUACCCUUCAGCUCUCACCUCCAAGGACUAAAAAUAUAACUGCUAAAAAUCCCACAAAAUCUAACACAAGCAAACCUAAUCCAACUAAAUCCAAUACAAGUAAACCUAAUGCAAGUAAGCCUAAUGGAAGUAAAUCUAAAUAUAAAUCAAAAAUCUCUAAUAUGCAAAAGAAACAAAGCACAUUGGCUAGUAGCAAUAAAAAAAGUAAAGUCAAUACAGCAUUGAGGAACUUAAGGUAUCGUCGGGGAGUUCACAAGUGCAUUGAGUGUUGUUCCGAAAUAAAAGAUUUUGCAAAUCACUUUCCUACGUAUGUCCAUUGUAGUUUUUGCAGAUACAACACUAGCUGUAGCAAAGCCUAUGUAAAUCAUAUGAUGAGUUUUCAUAGUAACCGUCCAAGUAAAAGGUUUUGUAUUUUUAAGAAGCAUUCAGAAGAUCUCAGGGGCAUUACUCUAGUGUGCCUUAAUUGUGAUUUCAUAGCUGAUGUUUCUGGCUUAGAUAAUAUGGCCACACACUUAAGUCAACAUGAAACUCAUACUUGUCAAGUUGUAAUAGAGAAAGUUUCUGUUUGUAUCCCAACUUCUGAACAUCUUUCUGAAUUAAAAAAUGAAGCUCCCACUAAGGAACAAGAACCUGUGUCUGAGGAAAUUGCAAGACCUAAUAUGGCUGAAGGAGAAACAGAAACAUCAAAUUCUGAAAGUAAACAAGAUAAAGCUUCUUCAGAGGAAGAAAAAAAUGGAUGUGAUACAAAUUCAUUUGAAGGCUCAUUAGCAACAAAAAGUGAAGAAAGCAUAACAGUUUCAAAUAAGGAAAAUGAUACCUGUCUCGAAGACCAGAAAACGGGGUUAAAGAAUAUCUUCAGUCAUGAUUCAAAUAUUGAUGCCAUUAAAGUAGAAAAGGAGAAACAAAUAGAACACAUUUGUCAGAAAACAGAGUUGAAGAUGUGUCAAAGUUCAGGAAACUUAAUUUCAUGUGAUCAGAUUGAAGAUUCCAACUCCAGUGAAGCUGGGUUUUCUUCAAAGAAUAUUAAGGAUUUGCAGUUAACAUCUGGUGAUGUUAGCAUUGAUCAGUUUUUGAGAAAAAGAGAUGAACCUGAAUCUGUUAGUUCUGAUGUUAGUGAGCAAGGCAGUGUUCAUUUAGAACCUUUGACUCCAUCAGAGGUACUUGAGUAUGAAGCCACAGAGAUUCUUCAGAAAGGUAGUGGUGAUCCUUCAGCCAAGACUGAUGACUUAGUGUCUGAUCAAAUUGACAGUGUUCCUGGAGAAAAUAGCCGUAGUGCAACAGAGACAACAGUAGACCUGGCAGAUGAAAAAGAAAGAAGUUGAAAUUUAUUAGUCAUUCUAAGUUUAGUGUACCAACGGUAAGAACAUUUGGAACAGUGCUAUCAGGUGAGCUCAGAGGUGCUGUUAUGUAGAGUUCAGAAAGAGAAAAAUGUGAAGGAAGUCAUUCAUAUACACUUUACCUGUGUUCAACCUAGUUUCUUAAAGAAAUCAAUUCACUGAUAAUAGCAUGAUUUCUGUGGAUUUCCAAGAAGCCUUUAAAACAUAACAGGAUGUUAGUGGAAGUUAAGUUUGCAAUGGAAAAGUCUCAUUUAAUGGUUUGUGAGGAGAACUUGGUGGCCAGUACAAAUUGAUUAUUAGAAUAUCAAUUAUAAUAAUAAAGCUUUUGAAACUUCCAUCAGUCCUAAACUAAAAGAUUUUAUUACCUAUGUAUUCUUUUCAGUUAACUUAAAGGAAGAGAUUUGGAAACCCCACACCUUUUGGGAAUAAUUGAUUAAAAAUAAUGGCUGAUAGGCAUUGUUAAUGAAGGCUUCAUUUUGAGUAUGAUGCUGGUAAAUGGAGCAUGCUUAGAGUGCUAAAUUAAUUGAUCUAAUGAGAAUUUAGAUGAACGUAAAAUUAAUUUUGGAUUUAAUAUAACAUUCCAGACUGUCAGAAGCAUGUAAACAGAAUAUUUGAAUCUGUGUACCUCCAUACAAGUGUUAGCCUGCCAGGCUGUAAACUUACCUUAAUUAAACUUUCAGUGAAAGUGAAAUUAUUAAGAUAAUAAAUUUAUAUUUGUGCUUUUUGUCAGUGUGUAAGCUGUGCAGAAAUCCUUGGUGUGCUAGUUGUAUAAAAUAGAAACCCAUUGUUGAAACUCCUGUAGCUAUUAUGCUUUUAAUUGUUUUAAUGAUCUUUAGAAAUAGACCCAUAAAAAUGGUCUGGAAGCCAAACCAAAGUAUGGUAUAAUGUAGAUAUUGUAAAGCAGUAAACUGAAAACAUGUCCUGGCUCAUGCCAUGUUUAAGUGACUUUUUCUUUAAUUGUAAAAUAGAAACUUCAGAUGGGACCUAAAGCAGUGAUGUAAAAAAUUGGUUUGGGAUAUUUAGCCUAAUUUAUCCAUAUCCUAUUUUAUCCAUAAAAUGGCUGCUAAAUUGACUUUUCAGUUGUUUUUUUUAUCAUCUAGAAAAUAAUAGAGAUAGAAAUAAAUAAUAUGAAUAACAGUAGUUUGCUUUAAAGUACUAAAAAUUUAUUUAAAAUGCUACAUUUUUACUUCUUAAAAUGUGCUUUGAAUUCUUAAGUUUUGUUUCACUGAAUGUUAAACGUUUUAAACAGCUAUUAAAAUUCUGCUGUAUAUAGUAGUUUUUGAGUAAAUAUUUGCAAUAAAAAUCUGUCCCUGAAUAAUUUUAUUUUUCAGAAAACUGCUUGAGUCGGAUUACCUUUGGCGCCUUUAGAAAUUGUAUACUUGUUCAAGGAAAUUUCAUGUUAAAGUUAGCGGUAGGAUUUCAUUCUGUAUUUUUUAAUUGAUGCAUGAUUUAUUUUUAAAAUAGGACUUAAAGUACUGGGGAAAAUAAUGGUAAUGUUUGCAGAGAAUAGAUUUACUCUAAAAAUUCUUUUAAUUCAAGAGAAAUAUAAUUUACUAUUAUAGUUUUCUAUCUGUUCAGCAAAUAGGCUAAAUAGGCAAAAUAUAUUAUUGACUUACUUUCUUGAAAAGUUGUUUUUGGAGGGUCAAGUAUUUUCAUCUUUCCUACUACCAAGAAAAGAUAGGGAGAGAGGGACUUCAGCUGUUACACUUCACCUUGUUGAAACAUAAAUCUAUAGCUGACAAGAUUUUUGGAGUAAUUUAAAUCUUAGGAAGAGCAAAGAGUGGAGGAAAAUCUGUUAAGACCAUUUUCUGAAUGCUAUUUAAUUAGUUACCAAACCUAUCACCUAAUGCUACAAAACCCUUGAUCACUGUGCCAAGAUAAGUCUCUAAGUGACACUGUUACCUCUGAGCUUUGGGUAGUUCCUUCUGCUGUGGCUCUAUACCUUUAGAGUAGUGGUAUUCAAAGUAGCUAAUCAAUGAGCUGUUUAUACCUACCCACUAUUAGAAAAGGAACCUGUACCAGACUGUGAGUCCUUCAUUGAGAAAGCCUGGCAAUGAAAACAAAAGUGUCGUUGAAAUAACCACUGUUCUUGGUUAACAUAAUUGGUUUAUGUUCUCACACCAUCUCAUUUCAUUUCCAUUCAGGAACAAACAGUUCAGGUGUGCAAACCAAACCUUUGAGUAGCCGUGCUUUAGAACAGUGGUCAGCAAACUUUCUGUGUGGGGCCAGAUAGUAAAUAAUUGUGGGCCGUGUGGUCACAAUUAUUCAACUCUUCCUUGUAGUUCGAAAGCAGCUGUAGAUGCAAUGUAAAUGAUAGCCUGUUUGUGUUCCAAUAAAACUUUAUUUACAAAACAAGAAUGUUUGGCCCAUGGAUUGUGGUUCGCCUGUGCCUGCUUUAGAGUGCUAAGAAAUCCUUAAUAUGACAGUGAGGGCCAGUGAUGCACUCUAGUGACUGCCUAAGAACUACCUACCAAGGUGCCUUAGUGUAUUAUUGUUACCUGACAAUAAAAUUACGAUUGAUUCUAAGUGCAGUUCCAUGACACUAAGAAGCAUUAUAUUUGUUUUGUGGGAUAUACUUUUUAUUUACAUUGAAAAUCUGAAUGCCAUCUUUGUGUUAUUUCUUCCCCUUUGCAUCUCUCCAAAGUUUGAGGGAGGAAAUUGGAAUUUUUUUCAUCCCAUAAAAAUUUUUAAGACCUAAACAUUUUAAAAAGGAACUGACAAGAUACAAAUCACCUUGUUUUAGCUAUAAGUAAAAAAAUGAGGAAACCAAAUAUCUAAGCAAUUAUUUGCUUAAGGUUACAAAGCUAAGAUUUGAAUGAAAUUGGAUCUGAUUCUGAAAUUAGUGUUUUUCUACCACGUCUGUAGUUCCAAGCAUUUAUACUGAAUGUCUGUUUUUAAAA